UGGAAGCUUGGCAGCUACACGCCACUGCUUGCUGGGUCUUGAAGUUCUUGAAAACAAGAGGGAAAAGCCUGAGCAGGCGGCAGCAGGAGCUGGCAGAUUGCAGAAAUGAAAGCGAAAGAGGGACCGAGCCCGAGAGAGAGGAGAGAUGGAGGAUGAGAGAGAAGUCUGCAAGAACUGAGAUUGAUGAUGUGCCUUGCUGCCAAGACCACCCUGAUGGCAUUUGUGACUCGAGUUUGCCUUUCUCCUUUCUGCUCAGCAAGCGAAAUGUGGCUGCAGCCAACCUCUCUCUCCACGAAGCCCACUGCCUCCGGUUUCUCAAGGUCUGCCCCGAUUGCAACGAGCCAGUUGCCUUGAAGGACAUGAAAGAGCACUUUGAAAAAGCCCACGAGCAGGUCCGAUGUCAGCUCUAUCACCAGUCGAUGCAGCAGUACCUACUGGAAUGCCAUGAGUCUGAAGAAUGCCAGGAGCGCACGGCCAAGUGUCCCUUCUGUGAGCUGGACCUGCCAUACUACAAGCUGCAGGAGCACCGCAAUGCCUGUGGCAGCCGGACCACGCGGUGCUGGGACUGCAGCGAGUACGUCAUGUACAAAGUCUUGGAGGACCACAAGCUCACCUGCCAGGCGAGGGAGGGGCUGAAGGGUCCAGGCCCUCAAACCAAUUUAUGUCAGCAGUGCAAUUGCUGGAUCCCGGAAGAUCAGUACCUUCAGCACUUGAAUGAGUGCAGCCCACUCCCACAAAUGCUGAGGGCCCUCACCACCCACUCUCCCACCAAGCCAGGCUUUCCCUCAUCACCCUGGCAACUUCCGAGCAGCCCGGCCACCUCCUCCCCUGCUGCCGAGAGAGACGUCCGCCCCAAGAAGAAAGACCUGUCUUCCGCUGAGAGGCCCUCGCUGAAGCCUCCGAGGAGCAAGAGUACCAGCGGCUGGCCAGCCUUCACUGCCUCCCUUGUGCCACAGGCCCUGGAGGACGACCUGUACGACCAGCUGGUGACCUGCUCCCAGUGCAACAUCCUCCUUCCAAGCCCCACGCUGCAGAAGCAUGAGAAAAAGUGCCAGAGGGCAGCGUCAAUCCAACCGCCCCUGAGAAGACCUCGGCUCCUGAGGAAAGGAGGCAGAUGUUCCAAGGGUGUGAAAGGACCACGCCAAAGUGCCAACUCCGGAGCUAAUGUGUUUGCCUUGCCUUGCAGAGGAAUCCCCGUGAAGCCCUCCUGGAGAGCAAAGCGGGACAUCAAAGUCCCAAUGGCCCCGAAUCAACCCUUUUAUUCUUCCCACCAGGGUCAGAUUCAGUAAAGUGCUUUGCAGUGCAA